AUGAGCACUCAGUACAGCUCAUCCCUGGUCGUCCGCGUAUCCGAAGGCCAACCACCGAAAUUGGUUAGAGAAUCAAUUCCUGUUCCGUCACCAGGCCCUGGACAGGUGCUUGUUAAAGUGUCUCAUGUAGCUCAAAACCCGACAGAUGUUCAAUCUUUUGACAGCAAUGCUUUUGGCGAUGGAACCGUGCUGGGCUGUGAUUUUGUCGGGGAAGUGGUUCAAGUUGGCGCGGGAGUAACGCGAUUAACUAAAGGCGAUAUCGUAGCGGCAUUGAUCUGGGGAGGCGAGACCAAGUCCCUUGGUCUCGCCUCCCGAGAACUUACAGUUCCCCUAGCUGCAGCCACUGCGUGGCUCGCAUUAUUCUCCCCAGAUUGUCUCAAUCUCGACCGUGCCAAAGCACAGGGUAAAAGUGUGCUGGUGUGGGGAGGUAGCACCAGUGUCGGUCUGUAUUCUAUUCAAAUCGCGUCUCUCUAUGGGUUCGAUGUGAUCACUACCUGCAGUCCCCAAAAUGCAGAACUAGUGCGAUCAUAUGGUGCGAAAUAUGCUUUCGAUUAUAAGGAUGAGGAGGUGGCGGAGGAGAUUCGAAAAGCUGCCCCAAAUAUUUACCAUGUUUUUGACACUGUUGGAGAUCGAGGUUCAUCCCUGACGGCUUCACGAGUGUUCGGUAGUCGUCAAGGAUGCAUCUGCACGGUGCGACCGGGCAAAGCAAAUACUGAGGGUGUCUCCGAGAAAGCCCAUGUUACAGACGUGUUGGUGUGGACGGCAUUUCUCAAGGACCAUAGCUAUGGAAAGUUUCAUUGGCCGGCAUCUGAAAAGGAUCAUGAGCUAGCGAGCGAACUGUUUGAGAAACUAGGUCCGUGGCUCGAGGAGGGCACGAUCAAGCCAAAUGUUACAAAGGUGCUUUCUGGAUUGGACGCUGUUUCUGAUGGUUUCCAGAGAUAUAGAGAUGGGAAAAUCUCAGCAUAUAAGAUUGUCUAUCAGAUAUGA